AUGCAGCCCAAUUUUCAAAUGCCGUACAUGAUGCAACCAAAUUUCGGCAUGCAAUAUCCUUAUCUCCCUUACGGUUAUCCUCCAGUUCCGGGAAGCAUCUAUGUUUCCUCCCAUAUGAAUUGUCCUAACACGGAGUCGAGUGAGCCAGCGACACCCCGGUUUAGUAGCGGAUCUACAGAUAUCCCAGAAUUUUCCACCCAAAUGUCUUUGGGAAAUGUUGGUGGGGAUACUCCUCACAGUUUUGUCCCUCCAACCCAACAAUCAGCAAAGAGAUCAAGUUAUGAAACUUGGACCACCGAAGACAACAUACUUUUACUAACUGGUUAUUUUCACGUUAGUAAUGAUAGUGAGUUGGGAAACAACCAAAAGGGUGCAACUUUCUGGGGUAAAAUUACACAGUACGUGAAUGAGAACGCCAAAAGUGGAAAGGAGAGGAUUGUGUCUCGGUGCCAUAGUCAUUUCAAAGACAUCAACAGAAAGAUAUCCAGUUUCAUUGGCUGCUACAGUACUGCAUGUAGGGAGAAGCGUAGCGGUUGGUCCGAUGAAAACUACAUAUCCAAGGCAAGAGAGUUGUACUUUGAGAAAAUGGGUACGACGUUUAAUUUGGUGGAUGAGUGGAAGGUGGUUCGUAAUCAACCCAAAUAUAUGACAGGAGGAAAUGCAUCCGGUAGUAGUGGCUCUAAAAGAAAGAGUAGUGGUGAGGAUGUUGAAUCAUCAACUCCUACCCUUGUACGUCCAGAGGGUAGGGACGUGGCAAAGAAGAAAGCUAGAGGUUCCUCUAGUAAAACAUCUGUGUCAAGGAAAUCAAAGGGGGCAAUUGAGGAGGAGUUAUCUAAGCUAGUCAGUGCUCAUGAAAAAUUUGAAGAGAAAAGAUCAAGUACUGCUUCAGCUAUGAAUAACCUGGCUCAUUCCAAGAAUAUGGAGAUGUGGUUAUUCUUGAAAAACAAACCAGAUCGUGACGAUGAAGAUGAAGAAGCUUAUAAUAUGUUGAGGAAGAACCUGUUUGGAAAAUAA